CGAGGGCAGCGAGGAGGUGAUGAUGAUGAGAGCGGCCAUUUGGGACGAGCACAACUUCCUGACUUUCCCACUCAGCUGAAGUCCUCGUCGUCAUCGCAUCUCCUUUCCCAUCGACGACUUCACCGUAUUCUUCUUCGCCUCCCGUCACGCAGCCCCAGCCCAUUCCACCCUUAGUCCCAAAUGAACGACGUAAUCUCCACCUGCAUCGCUCUCGCGAUCCUCUUCUUUGUCCUCAAGUUCGCCUUCGGGGGCCCUCCUGCAACCUCCUCAGCAUCUCAGCAACAUCAGCCUCCGAAUCCUCAGCAGCUUCACGCUCGCACGCCUUCAAAUCCAGCAGCCGCAGCUUCCUCCUCGUCGUCAGCAUCAAAGCAGACGCUUAUCUCGCGAUUCGCCCUCGAGUCCAGGAUAGCGGCCGCGCAGCAGGAGGACGAGCAAGCAGCGGCGGCAGCAUUAGUAGACGGAUCAGCACCUCCGGUCUCGAGCUUGCCGCAGGUGGGGCAGAAGGGCAAGGGGAAGAUGAGCGAUGAGGAGUGGAAACGGGGAGCCGAUCAGCGCGGCGUGGAUCUGAGAAGGAGGAAGGAGGAGAUGAUCUUGGAGGCUAGGAGAAAGCUGAUGGCAAAGCAGUCGAGGAUGAGCGCGACAUCCACCGAGUGAGGCAGGAACGGGCAAUGGAGAGGAUAGACGACCGCAUUCGCCAACGGGCUGCCGUAACUCCAGCGAUCACUCAACUCAUCUCAUCAUCCGUUUCGCUGGGCUUGCAAUGGAGAAGAGAAGUCGCUUGCGUUGCUUGCUCGCCGAUCGUGCGGUCACUGCCGCCUCAACCGUUCGCUACUUUUCUUGCCCACCCUUCUUGCCUCUCUUCCUGCCUGGCGUCGCUGGCCCACCAUUCUCCGUGCCGCCCCUCUUCA